ACGUCAUGACGCAGGUUAACGGAAGCGUCCGAGUAGCAAACAUCAGAGAGACGGCGGAGAGAAGAAGUUGACGAGACCAACCACUUUCUCCUUCCUCCUCCUCCUCCUUUUCUUCGGUUUUAUUUCUGUUUAGUGUCGUGCUUCGUAGCUCAAACGGAGCGCAAGACUUCCAGACGUCUCCAGUGCUCGAUCGCCCCUCGCUCGCUGCAGGUAAGACCGUCUUCCUUUUGACCCGACUCACCUGAAGGGCUCUCAGCCAUGAACCACAGCGCCAUGGACCACAGCGCCAUGGAUCACCAUCAUAACACCAUGGCUCCGCCCACCUCCGGCGGACACGACCACGGAGGAGGAAGCGAUGGAGGACACGGGGGGAUGGUGAUGACCUUCUACUUUGGGUGCAACAACGUGGAGCUGCUCUUCACCGGCCUGCUCAUCAACUCCCCCGGAGAGAUGGUCGGGGCGUGCAUCGGUGUCUUCCUAUUGGCCGUACUGUACGAGGGGUUGAAGAUGGGCCGCGAGACGCUGCUGCGUCGCAGUCAGGUCAACGUCCGCUACAACUCCAUGCCGCUCCCGGGGGGGGACGGGACGGUGCUGAUGGAAACGCACAAGACGGUCGGCUCAGUGAAUGACAGUCGUUGUUUGGACGCGGCAAAACUUCCUGACGGAUUUAAGUCCCGCCUCUCACAACUCUCUAUCAGGCAGCGGAUGCUAAGCCCCGCCCACUUCCUGCAGACCCUGUUGCACAUCGUCCAGGUGGUCGUCAGCUACUUCCUGAUGCUCGUCUUUAUGACCUACAACGCCUACCUCUGCAUCGCCGUGGCAGCCGGCGCUGGCAUGGGCUACUUCCUGUUCAGCUGGCGGAAGGCGGUGGUGGUCGACAUCACCGAGCACUGCCAUUAGCUAGCGCGCUCGCUAGCGCUCCAAUCGGGACGUUUAGAGUUUUGCUUAUUACAAUCGCUGAGAUGCUAACGAACACCUUUGCUUCACGUUAGCCAACGUUUGCGUAGAAAAAAGACGACACUAAAUUGCAAGCGUAACCUGGUGACCAUGGUAACGCGUCGUAGGUUAACUUGCACACUAACGUCUGUAGUUAACACAUCCGACUUUUUUCUGAGUUCCAGCUUCUGAUCACCUCAGAAGGUUCUGAUUGGCCAAAUCGCAUCAUAAUGUCUCAUUUCCUUUUUGUUGCCAUGACAACUGGCAGAUCAGUGCUAGCUGCUGUUAGCCAAAAUGUUAGCCUACGUAGUUUACAUAUACACUUCUGUCGUUAGUUAGCAUAGUUAGAGGAGCCAUCAAUCAUUUAAAACAAUUUCUAACGUUCAUUUUAAGUAUCAGUUAAUACAUGUUUUAGGAAAACAUUUUCAUUUUUUUUAUUUCAAUGAAAUGAUAAAAAAUAACUUUAGAUUUGUGUUGCUGUUUGUUAAACAUUUCUCCACUAAACAAAGACAGAUUCAUCAGAUUUACUUUUAAAGAAAUGUAGGUUAAAUCUCAGCCUUCAAAAUGAUUACAUCAUUUAUUAUUUUUUAAGGGCAUGAUUCCUCUUGGUGUUCCAGCUAGCCAAUCACAAUUCAAAUGUUUUAAUUGCCGUUCUUCUACUUUUUUUUAAAAGAUCAUGAAACUUGAAGCUGCUUUUUGAGUCAAAUGCAACUUGAAAAGCCUUUUGUUCGCAUCUUUUCUCGGCCACCGUCGGCCUUAAACCGACAGCUGCCUUAACGCGGCCGACGGACGUCCUGUUCUAAACCGCCCUGAGGCCGGUGUGGAUCUGUAGGUGCUGCUCCUCUCUGCUCACUUGAUAAUAAAAUGUAUCAGUGGAGGUCGGAUUAGUGACGAGAGACAACGACCGGUUCUUAACUGAUUCACUUUUAAUUGACCUACACUGAUAUCAUCAUUAUUUAUCUGGAUUCUAUUUGAUUGGCAUUGAUUCAGACCGACAGGUGGGUGGGGUUUACCUGCUGGACCAAUUAUCAGAGUGUUGUUACUGGAUUUUUACUCUAAACUACAUUUUAGACGUCCACUUCCUGUCCAACUGGUCUGAAUCUGGGUGUGAAUCUGUUUGACGUUGUUAAAAUGAAGUUGUCUUUCUGGUUUGAACUGUCUGAAGGAAACUGUUUGUCCGAGUAUUAGUGUCUGAAUGAUGUUUUAAUUUUCACAAAAGCUGGAAACACAUAAUAAAGUUCAUGAAGAAACUCGUCAUCUCGUCUGUUCUGAGAGAACCUCAGACAGCAGAAAUGUAUUUAGUGUAACAUGUUUGUUUAUAUUAGUAUUUUACUGUAAAUCUCUUAAUCACCUCUGCAAAAUGUUCCACUCACAAAAGUACAUUUCACAGCAGAAAAUGAAUCAGACUAUUUUGAUAAUAUAAUAAAAUCUUCUAUUCAUCAUU